CUUAUGCGAGAAUUUAAGGAAUAUAAAAUAUAUAUAAUUCGAGAAAUACCCGCGCGGAAUGGUACUCAAGUUAGUAAUGAUGCGCGGAGAAUGAGUAAGUACAACAAUACAUCGAAUGCUUUAUGUGAGAAGUCAACAGUCUUCCUCGUCCUUGAAGAUUUCUUCCAGUGCAGCUGAAUAUUAUCUAGAGUCCUAGGAUACGUGAAAAGAAGCCAGAGUUGCGUGGAACAAAAGGUUCGUGAAGUUCCACUCAUUCCUGUGCUACCUGGUUGUUCCGCUCCACCAAGAAGCCACUUCGCCCCAACGCUGACUUACGCGCAGGGCGCGACGAUCUCCAUCACACCUCAGCGAAAACAUAACUGUCCUCGCCCCGACAGUUAAGUAACGACGACUUUGAGAGUGUCGUUGCUUCGAGACGCUCAGAUAUGUAUAUUCUCGAGCAACUGGCGCGGCUUCUCGACCGCCCGCUCUUCCCAUGGAAGAGCGUCCUGGUUGGAUUUUCAUUAGGACAGUUUGUUCUUGAAGGACUGCUGUCUCUUCGUCAGUAUAAGGUUCUGCAGCAGACCAAGCCCCCGAAGGUGCUCGAGGGCGAGGUGUCGCAGAAGGUCUACGAUCAGAGUCAGGCAUACGGUCGCGCAAAAGCCAAGUUUGGAUUCAUCUCCGGUCUCUACGGUCAAAUUCAAAACCUCGCCUUCAUCUACUACGAUGCCCUGCCUAAGAUUUGGGGGUUCACUGGUCUCUUGCUUGCACGGUACUUUCCCGAUCGAUUCCAAGGUGAAAUAUCACACACGCUACUGUUCUUCUUCGCCUUCAAUAUAAUCACCACCCUCUUGUCGCUUCCCGUAUCGUACUACAACACCUUCGUUCUCGAGGAGAAGUUCGGUUUCAACAAGCAGACAGUCAAGCUCUGGGUGACGGACAUGCUUAAGGGUCAGCUGCUGGGUAUCGUCUUGGGUGGCCCUAUCAUCAGUGCUGUGCUCAAGAUCGUCCAGAAGACGGGCAACUCGUUUUUCUACUACCUCUGGCUCUUUGGUAUUUUCGUCCAGGUCUUCGCUAUCACCAUCUACCCUAUCGUGAUCCUGCCUCUGUUCAACAAGCUCUCGCCCCUGGAACCCGGUGAACUCAAGACUGGAGUCGAGAACCUGGCAAAGAAGCUGAGCUUCCCCCUCCAGGAGCUGCACGUCAUCGAUGGCAGCAAGCGGAGUGCUCACAGCAACGCCUACUUCUACGGUUUGCCUUGGAAGAAGCACAUUGUUAUCUAUGAUACCCUUAUCGAGAAGAGUGAGCCGGAAGAGGUCGUUGCUGUCUUGAGUCACGAGCUUGGUCACUGGAGCCUGAGCCACACCACAAAGCUGUUUGGUAUUGCUCAAUUCCACAUGUUCUACAUCUUCGCGCUAUUUUCGGUUUUCGUGAACAACAAGUCAUUGUAUCAAGCAUUUGGUUUCCACGAUGAAUAUCCUAUCAUGAUUGGAUUCCUCCUCUUCUCCGAUGCUUUGGCACCAAUGGACGCCGUGGUCAAGCUCUUGAUGAACAUUCUGAGCCGGAAGUUCGAAUUCGAAGCUGAUGCCUUCGCAGUCAAGCUCGGUUACUCGCAGGAACUUGCGCGAUCGCUCCUCAAGCUCCAGAUUCAAAACCUUAGCACCAUGGAUGCCGACUGGAUGUACGCUAGUUACCAUUACUCCCACCCCAUCCUUCCCGAGCGACUCGCCGCCCUUGGCUGGAAGGGUGGAAAGGUCACCAGCGCCAAGAGCGAAGACAGCGAGAAGCCCGUCAAGGCUUCUGAUCGUGAAUUGUAAACGGACAUUGUGUGCUUUUAUCUAGUGGGUGUUAGGGAGCGGUUGCUUUGCGGAUCGAGGCUAUUUGUACGUCUAAUAUAGAACGUAGAGAUUGAAUGAUGAAAAGAAAAGGCUCCU